AUGAUUCUCAAUAACAACAACAAUAGGAAUGGCAAAAGCCAGGCAUCUCGAGCCGAAUUCCUAUACAAGUUGUCACUGGAUCUAAUGUUACCAUACAUAAAAGACAGACUCAAAAUUCCAAACUUACGGCACAAGAUUAGAGACAAAAUCGAAAGUGUGAUCAGUGAACACCGAAAGCUAGACUCUGAUAAUCAAGGUACUCUGUCGGGUACCAGCAUUCGAAGAGUUGAUAAUACAGAGUCCUUGAGAGAUUCACAAAUUGAUAAUGAAGAAGGUUCACAAGAGAGGGCCACGAAAGCUAAACAAGGCAGAUGCGGAAUUUGUAAACCGAAAGGAGAUAAAAAGUUCACAGCUAAAUGCUCGAAUUGUUCAGUGUUUAUUUGUAAACUACACCGUAGUUUGGUGUGCGUUAACUAUAGUAGUAAUAUUUUGUUAACCAAAGGAUAA